GUAGAAAGAAAGAAAGAAAAGAAGAAAAAAAUGAUUGUAUAAAAAAGAAAUGAAGGAGAGAAAGAGUGAAAAGAAAAAGAAAAAGAAAAAGAAGAGAGAGUGAGUUGAAAAAGAAAGAUGAGUCGUAGAGGAGGAGAGGAAGAAUACGAUUAUCUGUUCAAGGUAGUACUUAUCGGCGAUUCAGGCGUCGGUAAAUCGAAUCUUCUAUCCAGAUUCACUCGCAACGAAUUUUGUCUUGAGUCCAAGUCCACUAUUGGCGUCGAAUUCGCAACUCGUACCCUUCAGGUUGAGGGAAAAACUGUCAAAGCUCAGAUAUGGGAUACUGCCGGACAGGAACGCUACAGGGCCAUCACCAGUGCCUACUACCGUGGUGCCCUAGGUGCUCUUCUCGUCUAUGAUGUCACCAAACCCACUACUUUCGACAAUGUCCAAAGAUGGCUAAAGGAACUCAGGGACCAUGCCGAUGCUAACAUUGUCAUCAUGUUGAUUGGCAACAAAACUGAUCUCAAGCAUCUCCGCGCUGUUGCCACAGAGGAUGCUCAGAGUUAUGCCGAGAAGGAAGGCCUUUCUUUCAUUGAGACUUCUGCUCUCGAAGCAACCAAUGUGGAGAAGGCUUUCCAAACAAUCCUUGGAGAGAUAUACCGCAUAAUCAGUAAGAAAUCACUGUCUUCCAAUGAACCUGCUGCUGCUGCUGCCAAUAUUAAAGAAGGCAAGACCAUCACCGUUGGGGGAUCCGAAACCACCAAUACAACCAAGCCCUGCUGUACAUCUUGAGAACUUCUUCAUCCGGGACUAGGGACGGAGAGAGAGUUUAUAUUGUUAUUGUUAUAGAUAUAGUAUUACUUUGUUUUUCAUUCUAUGCUGCUCUGCUCACUAUCAGGAUCAGCAUUGUUCAUUUUGUUUUUGUUUCUUAUAAUUCUUUUUCAACUUUGUUUUCCUUUCUUAUAAGGAUUUAUUUAUCAUCAUUUCCUAUGCCAGUGUAUGAUAUGUGUGGUGAGUAAUUAGCUCUACUUUCAAUUCCUCCUAAGGUUCUAAAACACUGUUAUGUUUUGUUCAUCUUUUUACCGGGUUCGCUUGCA